UCUGAUUCCAAUGUCGUUGGUAAAGCACUCAAGAAAAUGGAGCCAGACUGGUGGCUCGAGCUCGAGUCGACAUACUGCGAGAGGAUCGCCCAGAGGAAGGAGUUGUACGCCCAAUACGGGAAGAAGAUCGUCGAUGCGCUCCCUGGUAGUGAAGGAGCGUGCAGGGAGCUGAUGGAGAUGGUCAUCCAGUUCCUCACACGCCGAUACCCCAACCAAUUCACGUACGAUUCCAACGAGGGAACCUUCGAGAACCGGAUCCUAGGGACCGUAACACAAACGCGGCGCACCAAUCCGUUAAUCGUCUUACUUGAGAAUGUACCGGAAGAUUUCCUCAUUACCCAAGGAGACGAGAAGACAGGACUAUACUCUCUACGCGCGGGUGUGUCUUGCUCGGCCGUUGGAUGGAAUUUGGGCACGAAAAUUGGUAAGAAUCUCAGUGAGAUACACGUGCCGGUACCGGAUUACAAGGAAAGGAUGGAGUUUUCCAUGGAUAGGUUCUUUAGGAAGAUGGCCUGUGAAAAGCCUAUUCAGCGGGGAUCAUGGGGCCUCGAGAAGGGACAGCCGCUCUUUUUGCAGCCUGAUACGCCGGAGUGGGCGGAACGCGAGGAUCCCGAUGCACAGAGACAGAUGGAUAUCAACGAUGUAUACCUUCGAGUUGACUGGCAGACGCUACGACGGCUCCCUGUGUCGAGCGCUAUUGUAUUCAACUUCAAGGCUCUUUUCACACCAGUGGUGCAGUUGCGAGAGGAGCCCUACGUCCCGAAGCUGUUGCUCAAGGUCCUGAGGGAGGGGAAGAAGGAGCUUAUGGAAUACAAAGGAACGCGGUUAGUUGAGCAUGUUGUUGAGCCCAAACUGGAGCAGUGGGUUGCGGAGCAAGAAGAUAAGGGAUGGGUUCCAAAGUCGUGGGAGGAGAGAACAUUAAAUGAAGAUCCAUUCUUCCCUGGUUGGCACUCCUGCUUUGCUAGGGUUUCAAUGGAUGCACAUUAGACCGAAUUCGAUACAUUAAUGCCAACGUCGGGAGAAUAGCAAAGUAAU